AUGGAGCAAUGUUCGCAACUUCUGGCUGAAUUGAAUCAAACACCACCAUUACCCGUCGAUUCACGUCGUUAUUCGAUUGUAAUAAUUGGAGCUGGUUCAAUUGCCAAUUUGGGUCAUUUACCAGCGUAUAAGUUGGCUAACUUCCACGUCAAAGGUAUUUAUGAUAUUGAUAGACAAAAAGCGCAAGAGACAGCAAAUAAAUGGAAAAUCGAGAAAGUAUUUGACACAUUGGACGAGGCAUGUGCAAAUGAAGUACAUGAGAAAAUCAUUUUUGAUUUGGCCGUUCCGCCCAAAGAAAUACUAUCUAUUCUGGAAAAACUGCCAAUCCAUUCCCAUACUCUCAUUCAGAAGCCAAUGGGAGAAUCUCUUGUUGACGCACAAGCGAUUGUUGAUAAAUGUGAACAACGUCAUAUCAAUGCUUCAGUCAAUUUUCAACUUCGUUAUGCUCCCUAUAUACUUGCUCUGAAAGAUGCUAUUCGCCGUGGAUGGCUGGGAGAUCGAUUGACUACUGUAGAAAUACAUGUUAACGUAUAUACGCCCUGGUCAAUGUGGUCUUUUAUGGAUUGUGCACCACGACUUGAACUCAACUAUCAUUCAGUGCACUACAUCGAUUUGAUACGUGAUCUUCUUGCACCUUAUGAACCAUCUGCUCUUCAUUGUCGAACGAGUCGUCAUGCAGCCAUGGAACAUUUGUCACCAGUAAGAUCAUCUCUUUCGUUCGAAUUUAAACAUGAUCCAUCGCUCUUUGUCAACAUCUAUACCAAUCAUCAUCAUCGUUGGGGAAGUAAACACGCUCAAUCAUAUAUACUUGUGGAGGGAACACAAGGUGCAGCCAAAAUACAACUAGGAGAUAUACUUGCUUAUGGAGAGGACACGGCUAGAAUGCAACUCAAUUAUCUACAAAUUUGUUCAGACGAAAUUACGAAAGGCGAAUGGAUGGAUGUAGACUUGAAAGGUCGUAGCUGGUUUCCUCAUGCUUUCAUCGGACCGAUGGCAGCAGCGAUGCGUGCAUACGAGAACAAAAAUGAUCCACCCUCGACAGCAGUUCGAGAUGCAUUGAAAACUAUGGCAAUAGUGGAAGCAGCCUCGGAAAGUUCAGCAAAUAUGACACGCAUUCAAUACAUUUGA